CGAAGGACCCCUAGAGGACUAAGGCGCCGCCUCAAGGCCGCGCGAUGGAGCUGAUCGCGGGCUGCUACGAACAGGUUUUGUUCGGAUACGCGGUGCGGCCGGCUGAGAACUGGGCAGUUGUUUCUGAUUUCACCCACCACGCCCACAGUGCUUCAUUGUCAGCAGUCGCUGUGAAUGACAGAUAUGUCGUUACGGGCAGCCGGGAUGAAACUAUACAAAUCUAUGACAUGCAGAAGAAAGUAGAACAUGGGGCAUUGCUGCAACACAAUGGCACCAUCAGCUGCUUGGAAUUCUAUGGCAGGACACACCUGCUGAGUGGUGCUGAGGACGGCUUAAUAUGCAUUUGGAACGCCAAAAAGUGGGAAUGCCUGAAAUCAAUUAAAGCACACAAGGGACAUGUGACAUCUCUUUCUAUUCAUCCUUCUGGAAAGUUGGCUUUGUCAGUAGGAACAGACAAGACGUUACGAACAUGGAAUCUUGGAGAAGGAAGAUCGGCUUUCAUAAAAAAUCUAAAACAAAAUGCACAUCUUGUGAAAUGGUCACCUAGCGGAGAAUUGUAUGUGGUGGUUAUAGCUUCUAAAGUCAAUAUAUACAAACUUGCAACUGCUUCUAUCUCUGGCACCAUCGUUACAAAGAAAAACAUAUCUUCACUAAGAUUUAUUACAGAUUGCAUACUUGCUGUUGCCGGAGAUGACGAAUUGGUACGAUUAUUUGACUGUGAAUCACAGGACUGUCUUUGUGAAUUUAAAGCUCAUGAAAACAGAAUAAAGGAUAUAUACAGUUUUAAAGGGGAAGAUUUACACAUUCUGGUGACUGCAUCGAGUGAUGGAUACAUUAAGAUGUGGAGUCUUGAUCCUGACAAGAUUAAGAGUUCUCCAUCAUUGCUGUGUGAAGUCAAUACCAAAGCCAGACUCACUUGUCUUGCAGUUUGGCUCAAAAGCAAUUUGGAAGCUAAACAGACCUCUGAUGAAGCCAGAGCAUCUUCAUCUCAAGUAGAUGAAGAACCACGGAUUAAGAAGAUAUGCUGGACUGACAGUGGUAAGACAGCAGAGAGAGAUGGCCAAGAAGCCUCCAAGAAAAGAAAAUCUACAAAUGUACAGCAAAAGAAAAAAAAGAUUUUGCAGAGGCUGAAAUGA